UUCUCUGUUAAAGACAUCCUGGUGAAAAGAAUUUUCAAUAAAAAAAGAAAAUGAACAAAGUCAGUAUUAGUAUACUUUUUUUAUUGCCAGUCGUCAAAUUAACAAUUGCAUUAGCAAUUAAUGAUUCUCAUCAAUAUAAUAAAAUAUUUUAUAAUCCAAUAACCAAAAGAUAUAUUACUGGAAAUUUAGAAAAAGUAGACAAGUCAAUAAAUACGUCUGCUGAAUUUUCGCAGAAAUAUUCAUUCCCGGGACCUUCAUGCUCUUGUGAUCAAUUGGUUUGCAGUUGCUGCAUCAUUAUAAAUGAUGGCUUAGUCUUUAAGAAUAACACUGUCUGCCCUCAAAUUAAAUUUAUUCCAAGUGAAUUUUCAGCUGAAAUAAGUAUAUUAGUUGAUGGAGAAUCUAAAUUCACCGCUACAAUUCCAGUAAACAAUCCACCUCCUGUUUGCAUACCAGUGCCGAAUGUACCACUUUUAAAUGUUUGUCUUCGUCUAAAAGAUCUUCAGAUACACGAUUUAAUAUUACAUGCAUGUGUUGAUGUUGAAGUAAGGAUAACUCAAUUUACGUUUUUAAUAUUACAUUUUGACUGUUUUGAAAUAAGCGGCAAUGGUAUAGAAACAUCAAAACCCAAAAUAAUUAAUAUUCAAAAAUCAGAAAAAAUAAAAAUUGGUGUACCAUAUGAAAUUGAUGUACCCAGUAAUUAUUCUUUAAAUCUGAAUUAGUUAAUAUGUUAAAGAAAAUAAAAAAGCUGCAACUCUAUAUUGAAAAAAUACACGUCUAAUUACAAUCCCUAGUAGAAAUUUGUCCUAGCUAUUUUAAAGGAACUGCCUAGUCGCGCUGGAGUCUGUCUAGUUACUUGACUGACCAGCUAGCUAAAAACUCGAAUGUCAUGUCACGCUUUUUUCAUCAAGUUAUUAUCCAGCCCAACUUGAUAAUUAUUUAUCAAUAGGACUUUUGAAAAACUAGUCAAAUUAAUUCUUUUAAAUAUUUCGAAAUUCAUUUAAUAAUAAGAUUUAAUGUAGUAAACACGUUUAUUUUAUGUAAUUAAA